AUGAGGGUGUCAGCUCAUCAGACCCUGGUAGGACUCUUCUGGGUCUUCAUUUCUCUGUGCCAAGCUGAAAACUCAUGCCCAGAGGUGAAAGUGACAGGUCUGGAAUCUUCGGAGAAGGUGCUUAUAAUCCAAGGGUGCUCAGGGAGUCCUGGAACCCCAGGGCCCAAAGGAGAAGCAGGAGAAAGAGGACAGAAGGGUCCUCCAGGGAUCCCAGGCAAAGCUGGCCCAAUGGGAAGCAAAGGAAACAAAGGAGAUCCAGGAAUACCAUCUUCCCUUGGGGCAAAAGAUCUGGACAGCAUCUUGUGUCACAAUGGAGCCAAGACAUGCAAGGAGCUACUAGACCAGGGGAAGAUCCUGAGUGGCUGGUACACCAUCUAUACCUAUGACUGCACUCCCAUGACUGUGUUGUGUGACAUGGACACUGAUGGUGGAGGAUGGACUGUUUUUCAGAGACGCGUUGAUGGGUCUGUGGAUUUCUUCCGGGACUGGGCUGCAUACAAGAAAGGCUUUGGCAGUCAGUUAGGGGAAUUCUGGAUGGGGAAUGACAACCUCCACUAUCUGACAACUCAGAGAAACAAUGAACUCCGAAUCGACCUCCAAGACUUUGACUUAAAUCACUCCUUUGCCAAGUACACAUCAUUUCAGGUCCAAGGAGAGAAAGAGAACUAUACGCUAAUCUUGGGAAAUUUCAUGGAUGGGAAUGCAGGGGACUCUCUGAGCUAUCACAGAAACAAGCCAUUCUCCACCAAGGACAGAGACAAUGAUGCCUGGAACAACAACUGUGCCCAGACAUUCAAGGGUGCUUGGUGGUAUGGAGACUGCCAUAAAUCCAAUCUCAAUGGACUCUACCUCCAGGGAAAUCAUUCAAGUUAUGCUAAUGGCAUCAACUGGGUUCAAGGCAAAGGGUACAAAUAUUCUUACAAAAUAUCUGAAAUGAAAUUUAGACCUAUCUAGCCCUAUCUACUCUGCAGCUACUGAAAGGAUUCAGAAUCCAGCUAUUAAAGGAAAAAACUACAAAGGAAUUGUUUUUCUGGUUCCCAGGCAAGAGGGAGCAAAGAUAUUACUGUUCUUUUGGGAAGGGGAGAAUUUAGAAAUAAUUCUAUACAAAUUCUGAAAUUAUAGAAAUGGCUUAAUAAUGCCUUCUGUUCAAUUUCUAUCCCCACCAUCCUCUUAAUUCUAUUCCCACUACCACUGCCCCAGGGCAGGUUUUCAUUAUCUUAUAUCUGUAUCAUCACAAUAACCUCCCAACUGGCUAUACUAUUCCAGUAUUCUCCAAUACCCACAAAGCCCCAGCAGAAGCACACCUCUGAUCAUGUCUAAUGUCAUUCUCCAGAGGCAGCUGGUAGGGCACUGGCUUUAGCUGCUUAGCGGCUAUGUGGCCCUGGACAAGUCAUCUCUUUGCUUCAGUUCCCUCAACUGUAAUAAUCAUAAUAAACCUAGAGGGCUA